CACCACUAAAAGUUAAUUAUAAAGGGCAGAGAGAAAGCUCAAAUAACCUACCAAAGUUGCCUUACAUACCACGUUUCUUCCUCGCCAAAGCCACCAGUAUUUAGGGACUUCUGUUCCUCCAUACUGCCUUUCUAAUUACAUCUCUUCAUCUUUCAGGUUCCUUGAACAUGGAGACAUAGAGAGCUGUUUGGUCAAUAUCCACUCGAUAUAUAGAGGUCGCAUAAGGGUCUUCGUCUUAAGAGUUGAGCUUGGUUUUGGGAUUUGUGAAAUAUAAAGAUUUUGCAUUUGUAAACAAGAGAAAACGAUAGGGUUUUUAGCUUUCUCAAGCAAAUGGAAAACCUUUCUGGACUGGUUAAGGAAGAUGAUCAGAUGGAUUUGCCCCCUGGUUUCCGCUUCCACCCAACUGAUGAAGAGCUUAUUUCUCACUACCUGUACAAGAAGGUUCUUGAUAUCGACUUCUCUUCUAGAGCUAUUGGAGAUGUGGAUUUGAACAAGUCUGAACCCUGGGAAUUGCCUUGGAAAGCGAAAAUGGGAGAGAAAGAGUGGUACUUUUUCUGUGUGAGAGAUAGAAAGUACCCAACUGGUCUGAGGACAAACAGGGCAACUGAAGCUGGUUACUGGAAAGCCACAGGGAAAGAUAAGGAGAUCUACAGAGGAAAAUCCCUGGUUGGAAUGAAAAAGACUCUUGUUUUCUACAAGGGUAGAGCUCCUAAAGGAGAGAAAACCAAUUGGGUCAUGCAUGAAUACAGACUGGAGGGCAAAUUCUCUGUCCACAACCUCCCCAAAACAGCCAAGAAUGAAUGGGUGAUUUGCAGGGUGUUUCAAAAGAGUUCUGGUGGGAAGAAAACCCAUAUUUCAGGACUAGUGAGAUUAGGCUCAUUCGGCAAUGAAUUGGGUCCUUCUGGUUUACCUCCGUUAAUGGAUUCUUCCCCUUUUAGUGGCAAGACUAAACCUUUUGCUGAAUCUGCCUACGUGCCCUGCUUCUCCAAUCCCAUUGAUGUUCAGAGAAACCAGCAACAGUCCAUUGAUUGUCUCAACAACAAUCUUUUUGCAGUUUCUUCUAAUCCUGCGGAUAUUUAUCCACGAAUUCCACUUCCGAAUUCGUUUUACUCUUCUCAAACGGUUCCAUUCUCAGCAAAUUUGCAGUACCCAGGUUCUGUUUUAAUGCAAGACCACUCAAUAUUAAGGGCUCUGAUUGAGAACCAAGGAUCAAACUUGAAGCAGAGUUUCAAAACAGAGAGGGAGAUGGUAAGUGCCUCGCAAGAAACAGGCCUAACCACUGAUAUGAACACUGAAAUCUCUUCUGUCAUUUCCAAUCUUGAAAUGGGAAAGAGAGGAUUUGAUGAUCAAGAAGCCCCCUCUACCUCAGCUGGGCCAGUGGAUCUUGAUUGUCUUUGGAAUUAUUGAAAACAAGUGGCCAAUAAUUACAAAGUGAGCUUGAAGAAGAAGAAGAAAAGUAAUUUGAAUUACUGGUAUUAUUAUUUUGAAAAGAAGUGGUUAGUCUGUGUAUAGAUUUGUUGAAUCUAAUUAAUGGAGAAGAAGCAAAAUUAUGAUAUUA